AUGGACGCAACACCGACGUCCGGGGCACACAAUGACGAAGCCAUCAUAACCUCACCUCCUGCUGUCCCUCAGCGAACUCCCUCCCAGACGAGCCUGCACAAGACCACCCACGUCCACACCCAUCGUCAGAGCUUCGCCGAAAAUCUGAGAAAUGCGCCUGGCUCGCCUCGCGCCCAGCGACAUCCCUCUUUCACCCAAGCUGCUGUACAGGAUCUCCUCAACCAUCCACCUGCCGCCAACAAGCACUCGAACCCGCGCUUUGCAGGCCGCGACUGGCGCGAUAUCUCGGUCAACGAGCUCGUUGCCCAAGAUGACUUCAGAUGGGUUACUCUGGACACCAGUGUUGAGGAGGCCUCGAUGACUCUUGUCAAACACAGCCCGUCCAACGUCGUUCUGAUCCGAGAAGAUGCAUCGUCCAAAACUGCUGUUUCAACAUUUGACUACAAUGACCUAAACACAUAUCUUCUUGUAGUUGUAGGACUCGCCAGGCCCGACGAGGAGCAGGUACCCCUGUACGACGAAAUCGUGAACAAGGCCCAGACAGGAGCCCGUAUAGCCCUACGAGAUAUCCAGCCGCUUUGCCGCAAGGAGUCACUCAUCACCUUGCCCUUUGAUGAGACACUGGAACGGGCCAUCGAAGUGUUUGGCAGCGGCAUCCACCGCGUUCUGGUCACAAACCCCUCGGGCGACGUAAUUGGAAUCCUCACUCAGCUCAAGGUCAUUGAGUUCUUCUGGAACGAAGGCAUCAAUUUUCCCGCCAUCGACAGAUUAUACCCUGUCCUGUUGCGCGAUCUUGGCAUCGGCACGCAGCAAAUCGUCUCCGUCAACUCCGACAGCAUUCUAGGAGACGCCCUGGCGCUUAUGAACGCCGAGGGUCUGACGAGUGUGGCUGUUAUUGACAAUGGCCACAAUGUUGUUGGAAACAUCUCAACCGUAGACGUCAAGCAUCUGACGAAUGCCGCCGACGCGCCAUUGCUCAAGCAAUCCUGCAUGCACUUCAUCUCUGUCAUCCUAGGCGAGCGCGGCGUCGAGCAUGGCCGCGACUCUUUCCCGGUCUUUUACGUGAACCCGUACUCGACGCUGGCGCACACUGUAGCAAAGCUGGUGGCCACCCAGUCUCAUCGCAUGUGGGUUGUUGAAUCGGCGUCUCCGUCUCCGUCCGCACCGGCUACUCCCUUGUUGGCGCCCACAACGUCGUCAGUGCUGGUGCCGGGCAUUGGUUCCGCACCUCAGUCGCCUCUCCCGACUCAGGUUUCGCACGUUGUACCUGCCGCGGCCAUGCCAGGCGCCCAUCUUUCCGGCCGUCUGACCGGUGUCAUCUCGUUGACCGACAUCUUGAACAUGUUUGCAAAGUCGUCGGGACUGCGGCCGUCGGACCCGGGCGAGCAACGAGCGCGCCGUCGCAGGAGCUCCAGCAGCUCCAUGCGGCCAAGUCUCGACUCGUCGAGACCGAGCCUUGACUCACGUCGAUGA